AACAAAGAGAAGCAUUCCAGAAGUGUAUAUCGAUUCUUCUCAAGCCCAUUGCUGAUGAACCAGAGAUUCAUUACAUUAUGCGUGGAAAUAUAAUUACCUUCAUCCCACGAAUAUCAACCAUUAUUGCCUAUUUGGUUGAAGCCCAAAAGUUUACAAACGUUUAUCAACCAUCUUUCACCAGAAAACCAUGCCCAAAAUGCUUGGUAUCAAGGGAUAACUUGAAUAAUACUAAUUUAACAAGUAUGAUUUCAAGAACUCCAAAUACUAUGAGGCAAGCGAUAUGUAGCGGUAAUGAUCUUGAUUAUUCAAUUCAUCCUGAAAAUAAUGCAUUUUGGGAUAUAAG